CAUCAUCGCUAUUGUCUCGAUCCCGCAGAGCUCUAAACCUUUCAGUUCUACACCACCGGCUUUGAUCUGCCGCCAGCAACGUAGUGUCUCAGAGACUUUGCUCCUUGUUCGGCAUGAGUGCACCAUCACUCUCGCAAGAGCAGCUUGCUGCAGUCAUUUCAUCGGCUGAUACUCCGUCAAAGCUCUAUGGAACACUAUCUCCAUAUGAGGAAGAAGCAUAUCUUCUCUCCUUCCAGGAUGACAGGCAAGCAGAGCUUCUGAGCCAAUACUAUGCGGCAUAUUUCUUGUCUCAUCUUCUGACAGAUCAAAUUUACGAAGCCCGCGCUUUGACUAAGCGAAUGCCGCAAGACCUGUUGCAGACAGACAGCUCCCUACAGAAUUGCCUGGCCUUGCUGCGAGCAAAUUGGCAGCACAAGCAUGAGCUGGUCUAUAAGACACUGAGGGAGUUGCGGUGGUCGGAAAUCCUGAAGCCGAUUGUACAAAGCUAUGACACAUACUUCCAGGAAAAGACGUUAAGAGAGCUGAGCAGAACUUAUGAGGCGAUCAGACCUGCAACAGCUGCAAGCUACCUCGGCCUCGACCCCGAAUCCACAGCGCGAGGAGAUCCGGCCACCAUAGGGAAGCUCACGGCCCAUGGAUGGACUCGAGACGAGCAAACCGGACUAUUACACCCCAAAGCUAUUGUCGAUGACUCCGAGAAAGAUGCUCGGUCGUACAAUGAACUGAGUGAGAUAAUGGCUUUGAUCGGCAGUCGCCAGGGUUGAACGAUGCAAGUCAUCCAGGGAGCGAUUCCUUACGAACGAAAACCAUAAAGAUAAUACCUCUAAUGAGAACCAACGGAUGAAAUGAGAUAGACAAACAUGCGGAACAAUGGUCUUCUAGCAACCGUUCUAUGAAGUACACUUAACGGCCCUUGAACGGCCCCAGAGCGGCACCACGCGCAAGGGCAUGAAGCUAUGCAGGGGUACACACACAGUACGGAAGGAUCAGCAAUGAAACCGAAGCAUACAACUGAAUCUCUUGCUCUUCUGGCCCAACUGUAGUGUACACAUGCACGACAGCCCAGGGUAUGUACAGAUGCGGGGAUGAUGUCUAUAGUGGAAAAAAGAAAAUCAUUCCUUUCGCUCGCAAUGACACGACUCUGGGAAAUUAGACCAACAAACAAUAAUACAU